GGUUAGGUUUCGCAGGGGCCGGGAGUCACGACGAAAGAAUUUAUCAAAGCAGUGUUUGUGAGACCCCUAACUGUUGCAAGUGCUCAGUCAUUCUAGCAAUGUAAAAGUCUAGUAUAUACGUGAACCCCUUGGCGCUCAUAUUCUCCUUUGCGCGCAGCUCCUCCACAGUGGAAAAAUGAUAUACAGACCUACGCUUUUUCUUGAGUAGGAAACUUGAUAAAGCUAUCUGGGAAGGCUACAUACUAAAAGCAUUGGAUGUCAAAUUUGACAAAUUCAACCAUGAAGAUGUGUUCCUUUGCGGAUUGCCUCUCUAGGUGGCUAGUUGCGGUUUUGAUGCUCUUGGUCAUACUUUUACCAGCUCAAGCGGGAAAGUGCCCAAAGUUCUGCAUCUGCGACAACUCCAAACUCACCAUGGCCUGUAUCGGCAAGAAUCUGACUCAGGUUCCCCCCACCAUAGAUGAGAUUACAGUGAAACUGGACCUGAGUAAAAACGAUAUCCAGGUGCUGCCGACCCAUGCGUUCCUGCACAUCCCGCACCUCACGCACCUCACCCUGCAGCGGUGUAACAUCAGAGCGGUGCGUGAGGGGGCCUUCCGCACCCUGGGCCGUCUGGUCUCCCUCAACCUGGCCAACAACAACAUUGAGAUCCUUUACCAGGAGUCUUUUGACGGCCUGUCAUCCCUAAAGCAGCUGACGUUGGACCAUAACCGUGUUGAGGAGAUCCAGCCAGGGGCCUUCACUCAGCUGGGCUUCCUCAACAUGCUGUCCCUCACACAUAACCAGCUGGUCUACAUCCCCAACAUGGCCUUCCGGGGCCUGCACAACAUCAAGUGGCUGCGUCUCAGUCGCAACUCCCUCAACAACCUGGCCAUGGAGGCCUUCGCUGGCCUCUUCACCCUCACACGCCUCAGCCUCAACCACAAUGAGCUGCAGUUCUUCCCCACACAGACUAUGACCCGGCUGGCUCAAGUUACCCGCCUGGACCUGAGCUACAACCCCAUGACAUACCUGGGUGAGGAUACUGUCUCCAUGCCGAAGCUCACCCACCUCUACCUGGACCACAUGUCCCUACAGGACAUCUCAGACACAGCCAUGUCCCAGGCCCCCCUCCUCUCCCACCUGGACCUCAGCCACAACCAGCUGCGCUUCCUGGAGCCCCUCUCCGGCCCCAUGGAGCUAGCCCGCCUCAACCUAACAGGAAACCCCAUCCACUGUAACUGCUACCUGAGGCCCCUGAAGGAGUGGGCCAAGAAAGGGAAGGUGAAGUUGAUGGGGGUCUGUGCGGGUCCCCCUCACCUCUCUGAUGAGACCCUGGAGGGAGUGGGGCCUAUGGAGCUGCGGUGCCGGAGCAGGGAGGACAUGAUAAAGGAGGAGUUUGAAGAGCAGGAGGAGACCAGGGAGCGUGCACUGCCCACAGCCAAGCCUAAGAAGAAGAUCAAGUGUCCUGAUAACUGUGACUGCGACGUGAAGGCUCAGCACGCCACAUGUGAGAACCGUGGUCACACCAAAGUCCCCUACGGCUUCCCCUCUAAUUCCCAGCUCCUGGACCUGCGCAGCAACCACUUCCAUUACAUCCCUAGCAACAGUUUCCCCGGUACAGACCAGGUGGUCUCUCUGCAUCUGGAGCACUGCAAGGUCCGUGAGAUCGAAGGCGGUUCCUUCCGGGGCAUGAAGGGCCUGGUCUACCUCUACCUGUCUGACAAUGACCUCACCUCCCUGGGCUCAGAGACUUUCAUUGGGGCCCCUGAGCUCACCUACCUCCACCUGGAAGGGAACCAGCUGGCCAUGUUCCCUGGGGCUGCCCUGGCCCCCCUGCCCAGCCUGCUUGUGCUCCACCUGGAGCGGAACACUAUCGGUAAGCUGGAGCGGACAGGCCAGCUCUCCUCAGUCCCCAAGUUGAGAGGACUCUACCUGACCAAUAACACCAUAUCCACUAUAGCCCCUGGUGCUCUCAACUCCGCCCACCUAGAUACUCUUCAUCUGGGGUCCAAUCAACUUGCUGAGGUGCCUACCGACGGGCUGUCCAAGGCCUCCAGUCUGACCGAGCUCUGCCUCUCCGGAAAUUUCAUUCGUUGGGUCGGACCAAAGGCGUUCCUUCCUGUGUCCAAGAGCCUAAGGCAGCUGUAUAUGGAUGACAUGGGUCUGGAGAAGAUGUCCAGAGACUCCCUGGUGGGGCUGGGCUCUGGGCUGACUACUCUGUCUCUGGGGGGGAACCAGCUGGAGGAGCUGCCUGACCUGAGCCCACUCACUGGGCUGGAGGUCAUCAACCUGGCUCACAACCCCCUGCUAUGUGAUUGCACCCUGCUGCCACUCCGCAGGUGGAUGGAGAAUGUGAGUCUGAAGAUGACAGCCACCUGUGGUCAUCCUCCUGAGUUCCGGGGCCAAAGUGUGAGGGAUGUCCAUGUCUUUAAGAGCUGUCCAGGGGAGAGUGCUUCUCCUGGCAAGACCCUCAAAGGAUUCAAGGACACAAAAUCAAUAAAUCCCAAACCCACUCUCCUCAAGGUGACCAUGGCAAAAGCCAAGCCAGGAAAGGCUAAACCCAUGCCAACCAAGCCCAAAGCCAAGCCUCUGAAGAACCCUAAGGCACCAGCAUCCCAAAAAACAAGAAGACUUAUAAAAAGUAGGAAAUCAGUGAUGUAAAUGGCUGUAAGUCUGUUUGGGCAGAACUCAAUAUGCACCAAACGGACAAGUGCUAUUUCAUCUUAAAUCACUGAAUGUAAUUUGAGCAUGCAGAAAUGUGUUUUUAAAAUUUUAUUUUUGAGACUGCAAGUUCAUUUUCUGAUUGAUUUACUGUCUAUUUUAGAAUCUUACGAAGUCAGGGUUUCGGAAGAGUCGGGAUUCAAGAGACCCAAAGCCCUAUUUGCAGUACCAUAUAUAUCCACCAAGUGUCACGUGACUCAAUAAGAUUUUUCUGCUCUAGUUCGACCAACUUUUCUAUUACUAUUCAUAUAUAUUUCAUAUACAGUGGGGAGAACAAGUAUUUGAUACACUGCAGGUUUUCCUACUUACAAAGCAUGUCUGUCAUUUUUAUCAUAGGUACACUUCAACUGUAAAACAAAAAUCCAGA